AUGCGCCACGCGCUGUUUGCAUCGACAUCGUCGUCGAUUCGGAGGCUCACGGGACGGGCGAAGGGUCGCAAUGCGCGAGUGAUGGUAACGGUCACCGCGGCGGGCGGUGCACGCGCGAUACGUGCGGUGCCGCUGCGCGUGGUGACUGUUUCCAAGGGUGGCGGCCGUGCGUUUGACGACGCGUGCAAGGAGUACGCCGAUCGAUGCAAGCGGUACAGUGGGUUCGAGGAGGUGCAGGCGAAGCAAAACCCGAAGAACGUGAAGGAUAAUGCACUGCAAAAGGAGCACGAGGGCGAGCGGGUGAUGAAAUUCGUGGGUGAUCGGGAUUACGUCGUCUUGCUGGAUGAGCGCGGCGAAGAGGUGUCGAGCGAACAGUUGGCGGAUAUAGUGGCGAAGAUCGGUGACGAGGGACACGAGCGCGGGGUUUUUAUAAUCGGUGGCCCCUUUGGACACGGCUCGCAGGUGGUGAAGCGCGCGAAUAAGUCGAUCAGGCUGUCGAAGAUGGUACUGAACCAUCAGGUGGCGCGCUUGGUUUUGACGGAGGCUCUGUACCGCGCGCACACAAUUUUGCGAGGUGAACCGUAUCAUCACUGA